AUGGAAAACAAGGCGCAAGAUGAAAUUCAAAGACGAAAGAAAGUCUUCAGGGACUUUUUAGGAUGUAAGCCUUCUACUAAGGUUGAAGGCAUGAAAAGAGAGGCUGUUGAGAAGGUCUUCUUCUUUUCUGAGUCUCAGUUCAAUGAAGUAUGUGAAGAUUUACUGGAAGAGAUUCAGCGCCGAAAUGCCCAGGUAGCCGCUCCUUUAGAAUUCAUUCCGCACUACUCUCUCAAGAGAAACACGAUUCGCGAGCAAAUGUCUCUUUUGGAAAGUGCUGAUAUGCGCUCUUUAGUUGAGGAUGCCUUUCUGGUCUUGAGUCAUAAACAUCCGGACUCGCCUGAGGACCGGCUUGAGUGUCUUAAUGUCCUGGUUGGCGGGUUACAGGAGAUAGUGGCCAGUAAUAUUCCGCAAGACUCGCCGGCUAGUAUUAUGAAGAGUAUUGAAAAUGCCCGCCGGCAAAUUGAAGUAGAGAAAGAUCCGCUAGUUAAGAUGGAGUUCUUUUUGGACACUCUUUCGGAAACUUCUUAUGAUACAUCGCAAUCAACCCAAGAGCUCUUUUCCAUGAUGCGCCAAAGCAUCAAAGAAGAAAAGAAGCGCAUGCAGUACACAGCAACCGUUUCAGCUGAACUUCUGGCGGCUUUAGAACUACUGUGUACCCAAAAAGGAAGAGCAGACUAUCUUGAAACCAUGAAAAAGCAUGAUGAGAUAAACGAUCAUGCAUUAAAAAACCACCACCGCACCAAUACGACCAUUCAAGAGUUCCUACAGAUUUCUAAAUCUCUUACGGACCGAGAAUCACUUCAGAAGGAAAAGAAAGCUCUAGCGGCUCAAAAGGCAGCCGAAUCAUCAGAAAGCAUCACCACUGUAGUUGAGCAAAUCAUUCAAACCUUUGGCGAGAUUGAAUUCUGUAUUGAAAAGAGUCUUGAUCUAAAAAGCCUUCAGAAAAGCACAGCCCGUUUAUUCCAACAUAAGCCCCUCUUGGUUAAAGUCUUCCAAAAGGCCGAUAAGAGUUCCCGGGACAUUGAAAGUCUGCCGGUCAAUGCCAACAUUACGUCCGAACAAGAAGCAAUCACAAUUGCCAAAAGAUACUAUUCCGCCAUUAGUCAAGCCCUUUCGUAA